AUGGCGUGGAUGAAGCCGUUACAGGCCCUCACUGGCUUGUUCAGGAAAGAUGAGAAUCAAGAGGCACGAACAGACCAGCGGAAAUCGUCUCUGAAGAAAGUUGACAAGAGUUUCAAGGAUGCCGGCAGGAGCGGCCAGCGGUUGCGCUUUGACACCGAAAGGGUGAACACGGCCAACCUUGCCGAGCAGAACAGUCUAAAUGCCGGAAAAGAUUCGAAGGCAGCGCCCAAAUGUGAGAAAGAUGCAGCGAAGGACACUGAGAUGCUGCCAGGUUGCCGGCAAUCCUUGCGGAUCCUCUGCCGGAGCUUGCCAGAGACCUGUGCCUUGGCGGCGACGCUGCUGGUGGCCUUGGCCCUGCGGCUCUUCUCAAACCCAGAUCGAAAUGUCUCGGCGGAUCCGGCGGAAAUACAAGUCUGGGAGCAGAUCAAGACGGAGUGGCCCAUUCUGAUGGGUGCGGACACCCUGUUGGCGGUGCAGGCCAUGCUGAGGCUUUUGGUGUGGGUGACGGUCGUUCUCCGCAUGUCCCAACAGACGGCGAAAGGCUCUCCUUUGGCAGGAGCUUCGUCGACGCUUUACUUGGCAGCAGCUGGAGCACGAAGCCUUCUUUCAGCGCAGAGCUCCGCUUAUGGUCUGGAUGGGCCUCUUGGCGGUUCCUUCGCUGUCUUCUGCGAGGUCACCUCCGGUGCCUGGUUGGCUGCCCUCUGCUCCAAGGUCGGAAGCAGAGGCUCCUGGUGCACGGGUGCCUUCUUCGCGAUGGCGGCCUGGGCGGCGUCGCGUCACUACCUGAACCUCUCCGGGGCCGAGCCGGGAGGCGACUACUCCAACGACAGGCUCUUCAUGCUGGCGCACUGCCUGGAGUUCUUUGGAUCGAUGGCACUUCUGGCACAAGCCUUCCGCACUGUGGCUGGGGAGUCUGAGUCGAUCCAGGCCCAAGCCCUGAACCCGCGAAGGGUGUCGACUUCCUGGGACGGCUUUGUGUACUUGGUGCUGGCGGCCCAGCAGGCCUUGCCGGCCUAUUACUUUCUGACGGCCUUCGCGCCAUCGCCAAGCCUCGUGGGUGAAGGUCGACCGUUCUGUCUGUUGAUCAUGGCAAAUCUGCUCCAACUGGCUUUCCUGCUGUGUGCCUUGGCCUUCUACGUGGCUGGCCUUCUUGGCGUAUCCACAGUCCAGGGAGGCCAAGGCCAGAUCCAUCGUGUGCUGGCAGUGCUGUUGAUUCUGGCAAAGGGCCCAGCCCCGAUGAGCCAUGGGCCCUCGCUGCUGGAUGAGAAAACCUCCUGGGCGGAAUUCGGCAAGCAGCAUCUGGAUCGACGCCUCACGAAGGCAUUGACAGACACGCUGAGGUUGCAGAGGCCAACGCUUGUUCAGUCACGCGGCAUUCCUGUCGCGCUGGAGGGCAAGGACCUGCUCUGUCGUGCACGAACCGGGAGCGGCAAGACUCUGUGCUACGCAAUCCCGCUUGUGCAGCGACUGCUUCAAGAGGUGGAAGCCAAAGGUUCGGCAACACCUCUGAGUGGUCUCAUACUGGUUCCCACCAAGGAGCUCAUCGCUCAGGUGCACCGCGUCGUGACGUCUUUGCUAAGCUUCUGUUUCGAUGUUCUUACCGUGGACAUCCUCCUCUCUGGUGAUAAGUACAGCAAAGCAGAGCUGCCGGUGAUGUUGGUGACAACACCCUCCUCGCUUCUUGCACUGGUGAAGCAACGGGAGGCCAGAGGUGCCAUGAAGCCGUUGUCAGAGACACUCAAAGUCUUGAUUCUGGACGAAGCCGACCUCAUGUUUUCAUACGGCUACGAGGAGGAUGUCAAGGCUCUGUGUGCCUUGAUGCCACCGAAAUACCAGGCGAUGCUGGUCUCUGCGACUUUGUCAGAGGAAGUUGAGCAGCUCAAGGGCCUGAUGCUCCACAAGCCGGUCGUCCUUAAGCUGGAGGAGCCGCGUGUGACGGGAAAGCUUACACAGUUUUACUUUGUCUGCCACAAGACCGACAAGUUCCUGAUCAUCUACACGCUACUGAAGCUGCAGCUGAUACAGGGAAAGACGCUCAUCUUCGUGCAGAGCGUUGAAGCGGCCUAUCGGCUGAAGAUCCUGCUGGAGCGCUUCAGCAUCAACUCUGCCGUGCUGAACUCCGAAUUACCGCACGCUAGCCGUCAGAACAUCAUCGACUCCUUCAAUCAGGGGGCAGUAGAGCUGCUUGUUGCCACUGAUGAGGGCCUCGGGGGCAAUGAGGAAGAAGAACUUGGCGAGGGUGAAGACGACGAGAUGGAGGAGGACGAAGAGGAAGAGGAAGAGGAAUGCGAAGAUGAUGCAGUUGCAGAGGACGCUGCUGCCGCUGCUUCGCCAUCGGCUUCGCCAUCGGCUCGCAGGUCCGCGUUGCGAAAAUCGACUCCGGCAGCGAAGGCUGAUGCCGCAGAGGAGGAGCAGGACGACGAAGCCGAAGAGGAGGAAGAGGCAGACGAGGAUGAGGAGGUCGAACCUGUCAGACCCGCAAAAGCCGAAGCGAAAGCCAAACCGGGGCGUCGGAGGAUGCAGGAUGAGCAGUAUUCCCUCACGAGGGGAGUGGACUUGCAAGGAGUAACCACUGUCCUGAACGCAGACGUGCCUACGUCGGUGCGGGACUACGUGCACCGGGUGGGACGCUGUGCUCGGGGUGGCCAGAGCGGCACUGCGUUGACGAUCUGCACCCAUGAAGAGCAGCCUUUGCUGCAGAAGAUCAUUCAUGCGCAGAGCCGUACAGGCACAGGGCUCCAAGCCCUACCUAUGCAGAUCUCCGAUGCCGAGCGCUUCCGCUACCGUGUUGAAGACAUGGCAAGGGGCCUCACCAAGAAGGCCAUAUCCAAGUAUCGUGCACGGGAGCUACAGAUGGAGGCCUUGCAUUCCGAGAAGCUAAAGGCAUACUUCGAAGAGCAUCCAGAUGACAAGAGAGCCUUGCAGAGGAUGCAGCGAGCACUUCGCGAGCGAAAGUCUGUGAGGCAGCAUCUAAAAAGUAUCCCUUCCUACCUUGUGCCGGAAGCCUUCCAGAAAGCCACGCCUGUUCAGAAGGCCGUCCGAGAGGCCAACGCAAGCGCGGGAAAGCCGACGAGCGCAGUCCGGCGGAAGCGCUUGAUGAAGGCCAAGCAGCAGGAUCCUCUGAAGAGCUUUGAUACUCCGGGCGUUGAGAAGCGACGCGAUCGAUUCACACGCGAUCGAAUGAUUGCGAAGGAGCGCCGCAUGGACCCUGCCACUACCAACGUGGAGGCACUGCCACCACUGUCUCGACACAAGCUUUGGAAGCUACAGCAUGGCAAGCGCAUCCGCAAGCCCAUGGAUGUGUUGGGGGAGCGGCGGCGGCUGACCCCGGGGCAACGCAAGCGUCGGAAGAAGUUUGGCUGA